AUGUCUAGAAGAAGACCUCAUGAAGAAGAUGAGAACUAUGACAGAGCCUACCGAAAACGACGACGAUUGUCAGAAAACCAAGAAAUUGAAGAUCGGCUAGAGUCUCUAAUCCUUCGUGUGGGAGAAAAAAGUACUUCUUCUCUAGAGAGUAAUUUAGAAGGAUUAGCUAGUGUUUUAGAAGCAGAUUUGGCAAGUUUCAGAAAUAAAAUACUUCGAAUAUUAACAGAUUGUGCUAUUAAAAUGCCAGAAAAAUGUACCAUUUAUACCACAUUGGUGGGUUUGUUAAAUGUUAAAAACUACAACUUUGGCGGUGAAUUUGUAGAAUAUCUGGUUAGAAAUUUCAAAGAAUCAUUGAAAGGUUGUAGAUGGGACUCAGCAAGAUAUUCUUUAAGAUUUUUAGCCGAUUUAGUUAACUGCCAUGUCAUCGCAGCUGGAUCAUUAAUUCAGUUAUUGUCAAAUAUGGUAGAAGCUUCUAUGGAAGAGGGAGUUCCUCAGGUUCGAAAAGACUGGUACAUAUAUGCAGUUUUAUGUACAUUACCAUGGAUUGGAAGAGAAUUGUAUGAAAAAAAAGAACAAGCUCUUGAUAACUUACUUCUUACCAUACAGUAUUUGGAUUGUUUAUGGGCUCAAAUAUGCAAGUUAAGGCAAGAUAAUUGGCAAGAAAAACACAUUCCAAGACCUUACUUGGCAUUUGAUAGUGCUUUGAGUGAGGCACUUCAACAUAAUCUGCCUAACAUAUUGCCGCCCCCACAUCAUGAAAGUUACAUAUAUCCAAUGCCAUCAGUGAUAUUUAGAAUGUUUGAUUAUACUGAUUGUCCUGAAGGCCCUAUAUUACCAGGAUCUCACUCUAUAGAAAGGUUUUUAAUUGAAGAACAUCUUCAUCAAAUUAUUGAAAUGUUCCAUCUAGAAAGAAAAGAAUGUGCUGCACAUCUGUUGAAUUUUCCAUACAAAUCAAAAAUCCCACUGGAUUAUUGUAUCGUCGAAGUUAUAUUUGGUGAAAUUUUUCACAUGCCGAAUCCUAGAUACCUUGAAAUAUGUUAUGGUUCAAUUUUGAUAGAAUUGUGUAAAUUGCAGCCUAGUACAAUGCCCCAGGUUUUGGCACAGGCGACUGAAAUUUUAUUUAUGAGAAUUGACAUGAUGAACACUUCCUGUUUCGAUAGGUUGGUUUCUUGGUUUUCAUAUCAUUUAAGUAAUUUUCAAUUUCGAUGGAGUUGGGAAGAUUGGUCUGAAUGUCUUACGCUGGAAUCCGAUCAUCCUAAACCUAAAUUUGUUCAAGAAACUCUACACAAAGCCUUAAGACUUUCUUAUUAUCAAAGAAUCAAGGAUAUGGUUGCAGAGCCAUUUGAAAAUUUAUUACCGCCAAAACCUGAAAUUUGUUACAAAUACACUUUAGACGAAGCAGGACACCUUCCAGGUUCUAAUGUUGCGAAUCAAAUAAUAGCUAAAAUCAGAGCCAAAUGCGCUCCUGAAGAAAUUAUUGGAUUAUUAAAGGAAUUGCCAAAUCCUGAUACAGAAGAUGAAAGCGGUGACACGAGAUUUAAUCCUCUUAAAAUAGAAGUUUUCGUUCAAACUUUAUUCUUCUUAGGAUCCAAAAGUUUUUCCCAUUCUUUUGCAGCCAUCAGUAAAUUUCACCAUGUUUUCAAGAUUUUAGGAGAAUCGGAAGAAGCUCAAAUUUGUAUUCUGAGAAAUUUAUACGAAGUUUGGCAUCAACAUCCUCAAAUGAUUUGCGUUUUGGUUGAAAAAAUGUUAAAAACUCAAAUAAUUGAAUGUUCUGCUGUUGCCAAUUGGAUAUUUUCUAAAGAAAUGAGUAAAGAAUUUACAAGAAUGUACUUAUGGGAAAUACUUCAUUUGACAAUAAAAAAAAUGAAUAAACAUGUGACUAGAGUAUCCAGAGAAUUGAGUGAUGCUCGUGAACGACUCGGAAGAGGAGAAAGCGAUUCAGAUAGUGAUAAUGAAAAUAAAAAUAAUGACGAAAAGGAAAAACCUACAGAAGAAAUGGUGGAUAGAAUGGAAGAAAAAUUAGAAGCGGCUCAAGCAGAUCAAAAAAAUUUAUUUCUUAUUAUAUUUCAGGUAAAUUAUUUGAAUUUGUCUGAGCACUUAGUUCGUUGUGAUACAGAUGGUAAAGAUUUUGACACACAUUGGUACAGAUGGACAAUAGGAAGACUUCAACAAGUUUUUAUGAUGCAUCAUGAACAAGUUCAGAAGUACAGUUCAACACUUGAGACAUUAUUAUUCACUUCUGAUUUAGACCCUCAUAUUCUUGAUGUUUUUCAUCAGUUUUUAUCAUUAAGAUCAUAA